AUAUUUUCCUGGAGAGUUGUUAAUACGGCGAGAGUGUGCAACCUGGCAGCAGCUAUGCAUACUCUCACCACUAAUUCUGUCUGCAACUUCAACCUCCUCUCACUCUCCUCUUAUCUCCCUAACCACCGACCUUGAUCAAUCUUUUUGCGGCUCAAAUACCUUCUGGGUCAUUUUCUCUGUCCAAUCCAAAAUUAAUUCAUUAAGAUUUUUGCAAUUUUAUGUGGGAACCAAUAAUGCUCAGCCUUUGAUUUCGAUUUCUGGGAGUUUCAAAAGAAGUGAAAAAAUUUAGGGAAAAUGAAAGUGUCCCAGAAAGAUUCAGAGAAAAUCGUUUGGGAUCCGAUGAGAAGCCCGUCCGGGAACCCACUUAAAAUCCCCGGAUCGCAGACCCGUACUCUGCCGAAGCUCAUGGUCUGGUUGAUUCUCGUCGUUUCAGUGACUUAUGUUGUUUACACUCUCAAGCUCGUUUCCACUUCACGCGCCUGUAACGACGAGCCCUUCUCCACCCACCACCGCCUCUCCACCCUAAUCUCCACUAACGAUUCCGUUAAAUUAGCCCUAAAUCGGACUGGAAUCGAGCACAUCGUCUUCGGAAUAGCAGCUUCGGCGAAGCUGUGGGACCAGAGGAAGAACUACAUCAAGCUCUGGUACAAACCCAAGCAAAUGCGAGGCGUCGUUUGGCUGGAUAACAAGGUAAGCACCGGAAACGACGACGGAUUACUACCCCCAAUAAAGAUCUCGGGCAACACAUCGCAGUUCCCGUACAAGAACCGGCAGGGCCACCGUUCCGCGAUCCGGAUCUCGCGGAUAGUGUCGGAGACGCUCCGUUUGGGGCUUAAAAACGUGAGGUGGUUCGUGAUGGGGGACGACGACACCGUCUUUAUAACGGAGAAUCUAGUGAGGGUUUUGAGGAAAUACGACCACAACCAGUAUUACUAUAUUGGGUCUCUAUCGGAGAGUCACUUGCAGAACAUUUACUUCUCUUAUGGAAUGGCUUAUGGAGGUGGAGGUUUCGCUAUUAGCUAUCCAUUGGCGAAGGCUCUGUACAAGAUGCAGGACAGGUGCAUUCAUAGGUACCCGGGAUUGUACGGAUCCGAUGACCGGAUGCAAGCUUGUAUGGCCGAACUCGGUGUCCCACUCACUAAGGAACUUGGCUUCCACCAGUAUGAUGUGUAUGGGAACCUGUUCGGACUACUUGCCGCACAUCCUGUUGCACCACUGGUGUCUCUUCAUCACCUUGACGUUGUUGAACCCAUCUUUCCCAAUGUGACUCGGGUUCAAGCCCUUCAGAGACUGAUGAUCCCAAUGAAACUGGACUCGGCAGGGCUUCUGCAACAAUCCAUUUGCUACGACAAAGCUAAGACCUGGACCAUCUCUGUCUCGUGGGGCUUCGCUGUUCAAAUUUUCAGAGGAGUCUUUUCACCACGCGAGAUGGAAAUGCCUUCGAGAACAUUUUUGAAUUGGUACAGAAGAGCAGACUACACAGCAUACGCAUUCAACACUAGACCAGUCAGCCGAAACCCAUGCCAAAAGCCCUUUGUAUUCUACUUGACAAAGGCUAAACUCGGCGAAUCAUCGAACGAAACAGUGACCGAGUACAUUCGGCACCGAGUUCCUUACCCGAGUUGUAAAUGGAAGAUGCCUGAUCCUGCUAAGAUUGACACGGUGGUGGUUUACAAGAAACCCGAUCCACAUCUCUGGGAUAGAUCUCCAAGAAGAAACUGUUGCAGGGUGAAGGAGGCAAGUAAGAAAGGGAGCAUGGUGGUGGAUGUGGGUGUAUGUAGGGAAGGUGAGAUCAGUGGAGUUAAUUAGGGAUUGUAUGUAGGAUCUUCUGCUCCUCCUCCUCGUAUCAUUCUCUCAUUUGUUUUAUUAUUUAUCUGUGAUGAGGUGUCCAAUUUUGUAAUUCUAUUUUACAGUAAUCAUUGGACAGACGAACAGGUUGCCAAAUCUACGGAACUUGUAAUUUAUACUCUUUUUUU